UCACGAUGCCCCAUCUAAAACCCCUCCCAGACUUCAGAAUCCCCACCUCCCCCUCAACACAACCCUCCCUCGACGGCAAACCCCUCAGCAUCUUAGACACGAGCGAACCAUCAAACACACCACCCAGCAGCGGCGAUGUUGAUGAUAAUGAUGAUGAAGACGGGCUAACCCCCGCAAUCGGCAUCGCCACAAUCCUCUACAACUGGCACCCAAACGCGCUCGCGGCGUUCCUAGACGUCGAAACCUGGGUCAGCAUGACAUGGCUCUUGGAAACCCCCACCCACGCGCUGGAAAUCGGGCGGAUCAGGAACCAAGUCUCGUUCGGGGUAUUAGACGGCAGCGGCGAGAAGUGGAUGGAGAUGUAUACUUUUGACAUUAGCCCUCCCUCGUCAUCAUCAUCAUCACAAACCCAACAACACCCAACCAAUCAAUCACAAAACGAAGAAAAAGGAGGAGGAAGGGGAGGAGGACAAUGGACCCCAAACCCACGCGAAUCAAUCCUGCCCCCGACCAGUCUCUCAACCCCCUCAACCCCCUCUGUCUCUCCAUCCCUCAUCACGACGCAAAGUCUCGCCUUCCUAGCCACGCACCUCGCCUCAACCCCCUGGCUCCCCCUCAAAAAAUCAACGCACAAGCUCGCUGUCGAAUACGCCUUCUUCAGCACCGCUUCUUCUUCGGAGUCGGACCUCGCUGUUGACGACGGCGACGGCAUUCCCAUGUCGCCGCAUUGGCUGUACGCGGGCAUCGAUUUAUCGAAAUGCACGGUUUGCGCUAAGAGUGGAGGAGGGGGAGAGGGAGAGGCGGAGGUGAAGAGGUGUGGACGGUGUGGGACCGCGGCGUAUUGCUGUGGGGAGUGUCAGAGGAGGGAUUGGGCGGUGCAUAAGUUUGUUUGUACGGCGGGGUUGGAGGGGAGGGGGACGAUGUUGAGGUUGGGGGAGAAGGGGGGGUUGGUUGGGUGGGCGGGGAGAGCUGGGGAGGGGAAUGAGGGUUAGG